AUGUUUAGGAAUCAGUAUGAUCACGACGUUUCAAUAUGGAGUCCACAAGGACGAAUUCAUCAAAUCGAAUAUGCUAUGGAAGCUGUAAAGCAGGGUUCAGCAGCAGUCGCCCUGAAGAAUCAUGACUACGCCAUAAUUGUUGCCCUUAAGAGAGCACCAUCUGAGCUCUCUUCCUACCAAGAAAAAAUCAUUCAAAUAGAUGAUCAUGUUGGGGUAGCGAUCUCGGGUUUAACUGCUGAUGGCCGACUUCUUAGUCGUUCAAUGCGUCGUGAGUGUGCAGAUAGCAGAUGGGCCUACGAUGAGCCAUUACCAAUUUCACGUCUGCUAUUUAAGAUAGCUCUCAAGAUGCAAGUUCCUACUCAGAGAUAUGGUCGACGACCUUUCGGAGUUGGUAUGCUAGUCACUGGUUGUGAUGCCUUGGGACCACAUGUUUACUACCUGUGUCCAUCCUCAAACGCAUACGAUUGCAAAUGCAUAGCCAUUGGUUCUCGCUCUCAAUCAGCUCGUACUUACUUGGAACGACAUUUAGAUGAAUUUAAAGGUUCAUCUUUGGACGAUUUAAUUUGUCAUGGAUUGAAGGCUUUAAACAGCACGUUGCCAAAUGAAGUUAGUUUGAAUAUGAAGAAUUGUUCACUUGCUAUAGUUGGAAAAGACAUGAAAUUCACAAUAUUUGAAGAUGACGAUAUUGAUCCAUAUUUGAAGUUAUUCGAAGCUACUCAAGCGGAUGCACCAACUAUCUCCGAUUCCGUGGCUAACUUCUCGUUUCCUGUUUUCUCUCUACGUUUUCAGGCCUAUGUAACUAGUACUCAAUUUUGUAAUUGGCAUUUUUCUCCUUCAGAAUUAGUUAAUCUUCGUUCAGAUUGUAAUACAACUGCUCUUAAACGAUUACAAUCAAUUAAAGAAGUAGAAAUUAAAAAUACCAACGAAAAUGUAAACAAUACAUUAACUGUUGUUGGAUUAGAUCCUGAUCAAGAAUUUAAAAUUAUUAAACAUUAUGUAUAUUUAAUGAAAAUUUUAUUUGAUAAAUUUACAACACCUCAGUUACCAAAUGAAGUAUAUGGUUUUGCUGCAACCUAUUUUAAACGUUUUUAUCUUAAUCAUUCUGUAAUGGACUUUUAUCCACGUGAUAUAAUGUUAACAUGCUUGUACGUUGCUUGUAAAGCUGCAGAUUUCCCAAUUGGUCUUCAGACUUUCAUUUCGCAUAUCCCUAGAAAUCAAGAGCGAUAUAGUUAUCUGGUUCUCAAUUCUGAACUUUUUUUGAUGGAAUCACUGGGUUAUGAUCUGUGGGUGUAUACACCGUAUCAAGCGUUAACUGGAUUUGUUAUCGACUUAGUAGCAUAUCAGAGACGAAUUUGUGGUGCACGUUCUGAUUCCUAUCUUUUAGAGAAUCGAUCCGAUGCUCAGCUCGUUGAUGAGUUAUGUAAGGACGGUGUAAAUUUAAUAAAUUUAUGGUAUCAAACUGACUUGUGCCUCACAGCUCAUCCAAGUCAGUUCGCUCUUGCUGUCCUAGUGGAACUUGGACAUACUCGGCCUCAGUUGGAUGUAGAAGUUUUCGUCAGAGAUGAACUAUGUGGUUGUGACCCAGUACAAAAGUUUAAACAGCAUUCUGAAGAGGAUGAUGGUGACGAAGGAGACAUAAAACCCAAGAAGGAUACCAAAUCUGACCCUGAAACUCGUUGGCAGGAACUGUCUAGUCGUUUAGAUUUUAUCCGUCAAACAAUCGAUGAAUUUCAGUUUAUUACUGACUUAGGACCUGUUGGUGAAGAAGAAGUAAUUUUAGAUGAAUGUCGAAAUCCCCUGUAUAAUAUUGAAUCUGACGAAGAUAACCGUCUUUCCGUUUAUGUUGGUAAUCUCCCCCCGAAUACUAUACAAGGGCAUUUUGAUUACAUAUUUGCAGGUUGUGAUAUAGAAAGUGUUAGAUUAGUGAGAGACAAACAGACAGACGAAUUCAAAGGUUAUGCUUAUGUAGAUUUUAAAAAUGAACAAUCCCUACAGAAAGCACUAGCUGUCGACGGUGCGAUUGUCGACGGACGCUCUCUGCGAGUAAAUCUCGCAGGCGAAAGACCUGGACGUGGUGGUGGUGGUGGUCAGGGUCAAUGGGGUAUGAACAACGGAUAUGGAAAUCAAGGACGUGGUGGUUUCGGUAGUCAUGGUCGCGGUGGUUUCGGAAAUCAAGGACGUGGUGGCUUUGGAAAUCAGGGACGUGGUAGACCUAGCAUGGGUGGUGGACGGAUGGAAAGUUAUGGACGUCCAAAUAGAGGCGGAAUGGGUGGGUUCGGUGGACAACGACAAAGUUACCAUCCUCCAGGACUGUCACGAGAGGAAUUAAAUGAACCUAGUAUCAGGAAUCCUCAGUCAAAUUCUACGGAUUCAACCAGUAGUGGUUCGGGUGGUGAUCGACCUAAACUAAACCUAAAAAUCAGAGAGACCCCUGUAAAUACAAAUGAUGAUCGACAAUUAUCAGAGCGUGCCCGUGCGAUAUUCGGAGUUGGGCGUCCUCGAGAAGCUAGUCCAAUUCGAGAAAAAAAGUUGGGUUCUGAAGAAAAUGCAACCGGUUCUAGUUAA